AUGGCUAGGUAUGCUCCUAAUGUAGUUGCUACUAUGGGGGAUAGAGUUCAUCGAUAUGUGGAUAGAUUAGAGUCAUAUCUGGUUAGAGACUGUACCAUUGCUUCAUUGAAUAAAUAUAUGGCUAUAGCAAGGAUGCAAGGUUUUGCGCAAAAGUUAGAGGAUCAAAGGCAAAGAAAAAGGACACAAGAGUCAGAAAUAGGGCAUUCUAAGAGGGAUAGAUCUAUGGCUAGUACCCCACCUCAAUUUCAAGGGUCUAGGGGCAAUCAAUUUGGGCAAAGAGGUGAAAGUCAAGGUUCACGAAUAGCGGGAUACCAAGAGCAGGGAAGUAUGAGCCAAUCAAGACCUCCUCGAGAGUUUUGUAAACAAUAUGGAAGGAAUCAUUUAGGUGCAUGUCGGUUUGGGACAAAUGCUUGUUUUUGGUGUGGUACACCAGGUCAUAUGAUGAGAAAUUGCCCUCAUAGAGGUGUGGGUGGUGUGGCACAACCUACUAGGUCAGUUGUGCAUCCUCGUCAUCAGCACCUUUUUUAG